CCAAGCGCGAGCCACUGAGCGGGAGCAGCCCACCUUGCUCAGCAUCCUCACUCUCGCUCUCCUCUCCUCGAUCCCUCCGCCUCCCUCUUCCUCCCUACACCGGAAAUGGCCGGCAAGGACGUCGUGCCGACGGCGACCACCCAGCGGAAGAGCGUGGCGAGGCGGCUGUGGCGCGUGGUGCGCGCCGUGCUCUACAUGCUGCGGCGCGGGGUGCUCCCGUCCGGGCGCAAGCUGGCCAUGGACCUCGGCCUCCUCCUCCGCCGCGGCAAGAAAGCCGGCAAGGCCCUCGGCGGCCUUUCCUCGGCGAGGUCGUCGUCCUUCUCGUGCCGCGCGCUCGACCCGGCCCUCGCGGUGCACGAGCCCUCGCGCAGCCGCCGCGAGGUCGAGUUCAGCUGCAGCAACACCCCUUUCUCCGCCGCCGCCACGAGCCGCGGCCACCGCGGCGACGAGGGCCCCGGGUGCUACUACAGCUACGACGCGGCCGACAUCGCCAGGGUGUUCGAGAUGCUCAACGAGGGCGGCCACCCCUUCGACGACGACGCGCUCGUAGUGGCGCCGGCCACCGCGACGCCGUCGCCCGCGCUGUGGACUUCAUCCUCCUCCGGGGCCGGGCGAAACCCGGGGGCUAGGCGGCUCCGCAUCGCCGACUCGCCGUACUCGGCGCCGGGCAACGAAACGCCGGGCGAGCAGCAGGUGGACAGGAAGGCCGACGAGUUCAUCAGGAGGUUCUACGAGCAGCUGCGCGCCCAGAAGAGCGUCGCCGCCACGCCGGAGAACGACGGUCACGCCGCCGGCUCGUACACCGGCCGUUCCCCACGUCCGGUCGCCGCCGGCACCGUUUAGUGAAGUGUCUCAGCGGAGCACCGGAGCCCGAGGCGGCCACCGGUCGCCCGGCCGGCAGGAGGGUCUAGACACGCCGCAUGCAUGCAUCUGUUGUGUUUGACUCUUGUCCUUGUGCACCAGUCCAUGUUGAUGUCGCGUUUAAUCAGUUUGCUCCGGUUUCUGUUAAUUGAGAGAGAUUUUGCUUAAACAGUCCUCGUGUGUACUUGCUUAGAUCAAUAUAUUCUUCGAUGAAUGCUUCAAUUUGGAUUA